AUGGGCUCAUCAACUCCCUCAGCACAAUUUACACGUCAAACAAUCGAAGGAACGAUUAAAACAUUUUUUACUAAUUCUGAAACUGGUCUCAGUCAUAAUGAAGUCGAAUACAAACGAAAGUCGUGUGGUUAUAACGAAUUUGAUGUUGAAGAAGGAGAUCAUCCUUUCAUCAAGUUUAUCAAACAAUUUGUUGAAAAUCCACUUAUUUUACUACUUCUUGCAUCAGCAAUUGUUUCCUUGUUAAUGGGAAACAAAGAUGAUGCCUUCUCAGUACUUUUGGCUGUUGUCAUUGUAACUACAGUUGGAUUUAUACAAGAAUAUCGAUCUGAAAAGUCUUUAGAAGCUUUGGAUAAAUUGGUUCCUCAUAACUGUCAUGUAAUUCGUGAUAGUAAAAUUUGUACAAUCUCAGCCAGAGAAUUAGUCCCUGGUGAUAUUGUAAGCUUCGGUAUUGGCGAUAGAAUCCCAGCAGACUUGCGUAUCAUCUCUGCAGUAAAUUUAGAAAUUGAUGAAUCUAAUUUGACAGGUGAAGCUAAACCUCGAGAAAAAACCAUCAAUGAGAUUUCACUACACAACGGUCAUAUCGAAUUGUCUAUUCAAGAAAGAAAAAACAUUGCAUUUAUGGGAACUUUGGUUAAAAAUGGUCAUGGAAAAGGCGUAGUAGUUGGAAUAGGUAUACAGACUGAAUUUGGAGUUGUAUUUUCUAUGGUUAAAGAGGCAGAAAGACCUAAAACUCCAUUUCAAAUAAGCAUGGAUGAUCUUGGUAAAAAAUUAUCAUAUUUAUCAGGCUUUAUAAUUUUGAUAAGUGUAAUUAGCGGAAUCGUUCAAGGGCAUAAAUGGUUAGAUAUGUUUACUAUUGGAGUGAGUUUAGCUGUAGCUGCAAUACCGGAAGGUCUUCCUAUUGUGGUAGCUGUUACUUUAGGUUUAGGUGUUCUUAGAAUGGCAAGAAAACAUGCAAUUAUUAAGAAAUUGCCAUCUGUAGAAACACUUGGAUCAGUUAAUGUGAUUUGUGUAGAUAAGACUGGUACUCUAACUGAAAAUAUAAUGACUGUCACAAAAAUUUCCACAUUAGAUGAAGAAUCAAUAUUUGAUUUGGAACAUGGCAUGCCAUCUAAAACCAGUCAUGCUAUGAAAGAAGUAUUGAAAAUAGGUGGAAUAUGUAAUAAUGGUCGUAUUGAAAAGGACGGCAAAACUUUUGGACAAGCUACUGAUGUUGCAUUAUUAGAUGCUGUAGUCAAGUUUGGAAUGGAAGAUUUGUUAAAGGAUUAUGAAAGGGUUUCAGAGAUUCCUUUUAAUUCAGAACAGAAAUGGAUGUCAAUAACCUGUAGAAAAAUCAAUUCCGACUCAAAAACUAAUACUAUAUUUUUCAAGGGUUCAAUAGAAGCAGUUUUGGCAAGAUGUAAUUCUUAUUAUAUAUCAGAGUCAAACCGCCCACCAUUAGAUGAUUCAGCUAAAAAUAAAAUAAAUCUUCAUGUUAGUACCAUGUCUUCUCAAGGGCUACGUAUCCUUGGUAUGGCAUUUGGAACUGAAAUAGGAAAACUGACUUAUGCAGGUUGUGUGGCUAUGUAUGAUCCGCCAAGAAAAGGUGUUGAUAAAGCAGUUAAGGAUUUGAUUAGAGGUGGCGUAAAAGUUGUAAUGAUUACAGGAGAUUCGGAUCAAACUGCACUUUCUAUUGCAAGAAAACUGGGUAUCCCAGUUAAUGCGCCAUUAAGAUCAAGUUGUCUGACGGGAAAUGAUAUUGAGUCAUUAUCAGAGCUACAAUUAAAAGAAAUUAUUAAUAACGUUUCUGUUUUUGCAAGAACUGCACCAAAGCAUAAAAUGGCGAUUGUUCAAGCAUUACAAUCAGUAGGAGCUGUUGUGGCCAUGACUGGUGAUGGAGUAAAUGAUGCACCAGCUUUGAAAAUAGCAGAUAUUGGAAUAUCAAUGGGGAAAAGUGGUACUGAUGUUGCAAGAGAGGCAGCGGAUAUUAUUUUGGUCAACGAUGAAUUCAAUACUAUUCUAGAUGCAGUAAAAGAAGGGAAAUCAAUUUUUUAUAAUAUAAGAAAUUUUUUAACGUUCCAAUUAAGUACCAGUAUAGCUGCCCUAUCAUUAAUAGCCAUUUCUACAAUUUCUGGAUUGCCUAAUCCUUUAAAUGCUAUGCAAAUUUUAUGGAUUAAUAUUCUUAUGGAUGGACCACCGGCACAAUCAUUAGGAGUUGAGCCAAUUGAUGAAGACAUAAUGAAUAAGCCACCAAGAAAAAAAAAUUCGUCUAUUCUUAAUUCAGAUCUAAUAACGAGAGUGCUGUUUUCAGCUGCGAUUAUUGUAAUAGGAACUUUAUUCACAUAUAUUACUGAGAUGCGAGAUGGAAAAGUAACAGCUAGAGACACUACAAUGACAUUUACUUGUUUUGUGCUAUUUGACAUGUUUAAUGCUUUAUCUUGUAGAUCAGAAAAGAAAUCAAUAUUUAAAAUAGGGCUCUUAUCUAAUUCAAUGUUUAAUCUUGCAGUCUUUGGAUCACUUGUUGGGCAGAUGUUUGUGAUCUAUGUACCAUUUUUCCAAUCAAUAUUUCAAACAGAAGCUCUAACCAUAUAUGAUUUGACAUGGCUUUUUAUAAUAACAUCAUCUGUUUUCUUGUUUGAUGAAAUUCGUAAAUGGUACCGUAAUCAAAAACAAAACGAAGAAGAUAUGAUUGCAAAAUGGAGUUAUGAUGACAUGCAAAUUGACAGAACUGGCAUAAUCUGCGACACUCUCAUUCAACCAUUCAGCUCUGUACCAAGUCAAGCAGGGGAUCUUACAUCUCUUAUUAAUGUGCCAUUAACUCGAAAACUGCCUGUAUCCUUCUAUGAGGAGAUAAAGUUUCCCCAGCUUGCUGAUUUUAUUGAAACAAAAAAUGAUGAAUGUGGAAGUAACCUAUCAAAGCACAUUUCCCAUUUACUUACUGACAUAGCUGAAAAGCAAAAUUUAAAUAACACAUCAGAAGAUAUUGUACUUCUAUUUAAAGGUGAAGAGAAGGCUGAAUUUGCGGACUUUUCAAAAGCUAAGGAUGAACUUGAAGAAAAAUUCAAUAAGUUUGAUCCUAUGAACAAGGUUGCGUUUUUUGUAAUUGAUGGAUCACCAAACACAAAUCCACCAAGCCGUUUAGUUGCACUUUCAAAUCAAUUGGAUAUGAAUAAUCGCCGAGAUCAUGUUUCUAUCCUCUGUAUAGUGGUUAAUAUUGCACGCAUAAUGAGGACUGUAAGCAAUACUAUUCCCGAAAUGAUUGUUCCUCUUGGAAAACGGUUGGAAACUGAAAAAUCGAUGAUUACGAUUUUAGGUGACUCAGUAGAGAAAAGGGUCUCAGUGGAACAUCUUCCAUUUGCUGAAAAUUUGGAUGAUCGUCAUCCAAAGCUUGUUCAAGUAAAAGAAGACCCCAGCAUUAGUAGACAAGGAAUUUACAAAGUUGUGUUAGAAACACAAGGUCAUAUUUGUCGAUUGAGGAAUGAAGAUGAAGCACGUGCAAUGUCACGGAGUGUGCUCACUGGACUAAACUGGUUACAUAAAGGAGGUUAUGUUCAUUGUGACAUCCGAUUAUCAAAUAUUCACUUUAUUCCUGGUGCUGCAGAUUAUAAAUAUGUUCUUAUUGAUUUUGAACAUGCUAAUGUGGAUGGAUUAGUAAUGCCUGAAUGGUUGAAGGAUUGGGACAGUAAAACAUUCACAAAGCAUAAUAAGUAUACAGCACAAUCUGAUUUGUAUCAAUUUGGAAAGAUGCUUAGGAAUUUUAAUACAGUGAAUUCAGAAGCUGGAAAGAAAUUUUUAGACAGUUUGAGAGAUAAAAGCAUUAGUAUAGAAAAUGUACUUCAUCAUGAAUGGUCCAG